AUUAGGUAGGUAUGAUGCAAUUAUUGUUUUUUUGUCACGUUUGAAUGUUUAUUUUAAUACACCCCUUUUGAUCUUCAAGGAAAAUUUGACAUCUCUAUUAACUGUCAAAGUUUCCAGAUUAUUCUCACACAAAACACUGAAUAAAAAUGCCGCCAAAGUUUGAUCCUUCAGAAGUAAAGUACGUAAACUUGCGAUGCAUUGGCGGAGAAGUGGGGGCAACAUCCUCCCUCGCCCCUAAAAUCGGUCCCCUCGGUUUAUCACCCAAAAAAGUUGGGGACGAUAUCGCGAAAGGAACCGCGGAUUGGAAAGGCCUUAAAAUCACGGUUCAGCUAAAAAUACAAAACCGCCAAGCCACAAUAACCGUGAUACCUUCGGCAGCUUCGCUAAUAAUUAAAGCUCUAAAAGAACCACCGCGUGAUAGGAAGAAGGUGAAAAAUGUCAAACAUAGUGGAAAUUUACUUUGGGAUGAAAUUUUGAAUAUCGCAAGGGAAAUGAGGCCUCGUUCUAUGGCUAAGCAAUUUUCUGGAACGGUAAAAGAAGUCCUAGGAACCGCUCAAUCUGUUGCAUGCACCAUUGAUGGAAAAUUACCUCAUGAUCUCAUUGAUGAAAUUAAUGCUGGAACACAGGAAAUACCAGAAGAAUAAUAGUUUAAUUUUUAUUUUCAUAAAUAAUAA